AUGGAAAACAAUUAUAUUUUAAGACAAGUCUCAGAGUCUGAUAGAAAACCUUGUUUUAUUUGCUAUAAAUUAACUAAAUGGGUGCUGAUCACAAAAUCCAAAUUCGACUUUUUUUACACUUGUUUCAAUCACCUGGGGGAUCGUGGAUUUGCGACUUUAACUUAUGAUCCUCAUGAUAAAUCAGUCUCAAGGCGUACAACAGGUGAAAGUUCUGCGUCUGCUAAGAAGGACCACGAUUCCAACGAAGUUUCAAGCACUGAUGAUCCAACAAUAGAUCAGACAGACAAAUCACAAGAAAAAGAGCAUGAAUCAUCCGAAAGUAAUUCCAAUUCGAAUAUGUCAACGAAAGAACAGGUCAUUGAUUCAAAAGAAACAGGGUCUUCGCCGUCCACAUCUUCUUCCGUUUCACCCGAUACAGUAAUGUCCGGCAGACAUUACAUGCUUCACCGAGACAUAUUUGAAAUGAGGCUUCAGUUUCAUAAAAAUUUGGCCGCACAGAGGAAGACCAGACUUUUACUAAAUUCUGGGAAAGGCCUACCUUCACCACCUUCCAAACCACUUCCUUGA